AUUCACGGUCGCUGGCUUGAGAGGGAGAGAGGGUGCUAGCUCGUUGGUGCCAGUACUCGUGUAACCGAACGAGGAAAUGGAAUAAGUACUCUUCUGUUUUGUCAUCAAAGAAAGGACCUUGCUGCCUUUUAGCCUUUGAGCCAUCAAGGAACUCUGUAAUUUUGUCUCUAACACCAAUUAUGGAAUACCUACUUUUACGGAGCACUUUGUCAUCGUGAUAAUUCUCUCCAUAGCGCUUUGCCAGGGGAAUUACACCUGAUUUAAUGUCUCUUUCGGAAAAAAAAGUGGUGGUGGAUUUCAUUGGAUCAACUUAAGUUUUCGGGAGUCAUACCUACCUUCAUAAAUCAGGAUCGUCGAUUGAGUGCACGGGUUUGAAAUUGUGUUUUUUCUAUGCAAUACCGACUUACUAUGACCUGAAAUAAAAGAACGUAUGAUAUGACCCAAGACUGCUGUAUUGUCUGUGUCGGAACAUUACCCUAAUUCUGAAAGAGCAAGGAUAAUUCAGUCAGUUGAACAUUGUCCAGUGUACAUCAACAAUUGUAGAAUUUGUCAUUCCCAGCUAUGACUUACAUGAACUCAAGCAAGUGGUACAGUGCUUUGGCCAUCUUUCAAAACGAGAAUUUUUGAAUUUUUGAACGAGGGAAACAAAUCCUGUAAAGUUUUAUCUACUUGUACAGUGACAUGUCGUAUGUGCAUAUUUUUUUAACACAUGUGACAAAAAAAAGAUGUGUUGACUUCUGUGUGUGAAAUAUUGUAUGGCAAUAUGUAGCAAUACAUGUACAUGUACAGUCAUGUGUUAAAUUUGAUGGUUCUUGCAUUGAGUGACUUUUUAUCUACAUUGCUAGACGCUCGUCUGCACUCAUUCAAACACAAUAAACCCUACAACAUGUCGCAGUCAACAAUAAGUACAAUGUAUUCUCAUGAUUUUCAAUGAAGUCAACCUUUGGAACAGAUUUUGUGGUGGAUUUGUGACAGAAGCGACACCAAAAUGCAGACUUUUGAUUGCAUCGUCCCGCGAGGGUCGCCCAAGCUUACCAAAAUGGAAGCACUGGGUGGGACUAAGGCGCAUCGCCACAGCAUCUUUAAGAUGCAGACAAGCCGUACUGACAUAGCGUCAACAGAUGCGGACAUUUAUGAGGACAAUAACUUGAAAUCCCAACGGCAUACUAUGUUUAACAAGUACAAACUGAAGCCACGCUCCCAGUCCAUGGGUGCAGCAGCUCUCCAGAGCUCUGGAAUUGGUCAGUUUGCAGCUAUGGUGCGACAGCGGGAAGCGGACAGUGAUUCCGAAAUGGACACAGGUCUGCGAAGUUUCCCAAACAGGCCUGACAGUUUUAAGAAGGCAAUAUCUAAAUCGAAUGCAUACGCGAAUCAGAUCCAUGGAUUCCCUACCCACCAUCUCCCUGCGCAUUCUAUGGCCGAAAAGGAGAUCAGAACGACCGUUGAUUGGAGCGAGAAUGCAAUCAGCGGCGACCAUGUUUGGGGUGAAACCAACGCUUCGGGUGAUUUCUGUUAUGUCGGCGAACAGGAUUGCCUGAAAACGGGGCCGAGGAGAAAAUGUUCAUCAUGUAAGAUUGUUGUUCACACAGCAUGUAUGCAACAACUCGAAAGGAUAAACUUCAAGUGCAAACCGACGUUUCGGGACGCGGGGAUCAGGAAUUAUCGGGAGAACCAGGUGGUACGGCAUCACUGGGUUCAUAGGAGUAGGCAGGAGGGUAAAUGCAAGCAGUGUGGGAAGAGUUUUCAACAAAAGCUGUUCCAGCAGAAAGACAUCAUUGCCAUUAGCUGUUCAUGGUGCAAAGUAGCAUAUCACAAUAAAGUAUCGUGCUUUAUGAUGCAGCAGAUUGAAGAACCUUGUACCCUUGGUAUUCAUGCGACUAUUAUUAUACCUCCGACGUGGAUUAUACGAUUACCUAAACAGAGAAUACAGGGGUCUUUCAAGAGUUCACAGAGAAAAAAGAAGAAACCGUCGAUCAAGAGGAAGUCGAUAUCGAAGAAAGAAGAAGGCAAGAAUCAAAGGCCGUUCAUCAUCAAACCCAUUCCAUCUCCCCUGAUGAAACCGGUGCUUGUCUUCAUCAACCCAAAGAGUGGCGGCAAUCAGGGAGGAAAGUUGAUGACAAAAUUCCAGUGGUUAAUGAACCCACGGCAAGUCUUUGAUCUCUCACAAGGAGGGCCAAGAGAAGGCCUUGAGAUCUUCAAGAAAGUACCAAACCUUAGGAUCUUAGCCUGCGGAGGAGACGGGACCGUAGGCUGGAUCCUUUCCGAGAUUGAUAAACUGAAAUUCAAGCCAAUGCCUCCUGUAGCAGUACUACCUCUUGGCACAGGCAAUGACCUGGCCAGGACAAUCAACUGGGGAAGGGGUUACACGGAUGAGCCCAUCUCUAAGAUUUUACAACAGGUUGAAGAAGGGCCAGUGGUUCAACUUGACAGGUGGAAUCUUAUCACAGAACCUAACCCAGAUGUAGCUCUGACGAAAGAAGAGCGAGACAUCGACACCAAGCCGUUGGAUGUUUUCAACAACUACUUCAGCUUAGGGGCCGAUGCGAGGACGGCGUUAGAAUUCCAUGAAUCAAGAGAGGCAAAUCCUGAGAAGUUCAACAGUAGAUUCCGAAACAAGAUGUACUAUGCUCGGGCAGGAGGAACAGACCUUCUGAAGAGAGCAUCCAAAGAUUUAACCAAGAAGAUCACACUGGAAUGUGAUGGGGUAGACUUUACUAGCAGGAUCCAGGAACUCAAACUACACUGCUUACUAUUUCUUAAUAUCCCCAAAUAUGGUGCUGGCACCACUCCAUGGGGAAAUCCAAGCUCCCUUCAGUUUGAGCAACAGAGACACGACGACGGCUUCUUAGAAAUCAUCGGAUUCACGCCAUCACAAAUCGCUGCGUUAUAUGUUGGGGGUCACGGUGAACGGAUCUGCCAAUGCCGAGAGGCCAAGGUCAUCACCACGACGACGAUACCCAUCCAGGUGGAUGGCGAACCGUGCCGUCUGCCGCCCUCUAUCAUCCACAUCAUGCUGCGUAACCAAGCCAACAUGCUGCUAAAGCCAAAGAGAAGAGGAUCUGUGCCCAUUAAUGCAGAUGCUCCCCUAUCCAACGAUAGAUUGAGGAUACAAGUUAGUAGAAUAAGUAUGCAUGACUACGAAAGACUAAACUAUGACAAAGAGAAGUUAAAGAAAGCUUCUGUGCCAUUGGGUAUCAUCGUAGUCGACUCAGAUAGCAACCUGCAACAGAUCCGAGCUCACAUUGACAGACUUCUUGAGGUGUACAUACUUCAGGAUUCCAGUGCCAACGGCUCAGCAUCAAGCCUUUCACCUACAUGGUGUUUCCUAGAUUCAACGACAGCUGAUCGGUUCUUCAGGAUAGACCGGCUUCAGGAGCACCUACACUAUAUAACGGACAUCUCAUCUGACGACCUCUACGUCCUAGACCCAGAGAGAACAAAACCUUCGAGUCUAUCUCCGGAGAGCAAGUCCGGGUCCAUGCCAGACCUGCUGGUCCAAGAAGGCCCGGGGAAUAGGACGCCCUCACCGACGAUCGUCGGAGCAAACCUCAAAGUACCUCAGACAGGUCCGCUGCUUCAAUCGAGAAGUGACAGUGUGGAGGAGAUAACACAGGGCAUAGAUGUAAGCCUUCUUGCUAGUGCUAGUAACAAUGAGUUUACUGGUUACGAUAGUGAGGAUGGUGCGCACUCUAUCCCGACUCCAAGUUGCGAAGCCAUCAUGACCCACACAUCAAAUUCACCCAAACCACCAAAGAGGGAUGUUAUUGUGGGAGUUUCCGAUACCGCACAUUUAGAUCCCCUCAAUAAAAUGUUGAUUGAUGUUUCUAAACGAGGAGACCCUAUGAAGUAUGCCGAGCUCCAUCGGAAAGGUGCCAAUUUAGAGACCAGCGAUCAGCACGGGAUGACAAGCUUACACCACGCAGCACGCUUCGGUCACAAAGAGAUUGUGCAAUAUCUAAUAGAACAUGGGCCUAAGAAUUUACUGGACUCACGGGAUGUGGAAAAGCAACAGACAGCACUCCACAAAGCCGCUUGGUACAUGCGGCGAACAAUAUGCGCCAUGUUGGUGGAAGCAGGGGCCGCCCUCACGAUCACAGACUAUCAAGGCAAUACGCCUCGUAUCCAAGCGCUAAAGGCAGAAGAUACCGAACUAGCAAGCUAUCUGGAAAGUCACGAGCAACAUCAGCGAUUAAAAGAAAACCAUGAGACUGCUGUGUGACUUACACUGGAAAGCACUGGAUUGCAGAUAAAGAGGAGUCUUGUGUUUAACACUCAAGUAUUUAUUUUGACUCCAGGACUACAGCACCAAACACCUUCUCAGGUAUGAUUAACACCUGCCUCUGAUGAUUUACAAAAUGUGAGUCGAAAUAAGACACCUUAAAGCUUGGUGCUAUCAGGCUUGGUGUUUAAAUGUGAAAUCUGUCUCUUGGUGUUCUUUAUUACAAGACAAGGUGUUUCACAGUGGAUGGUGUUGCAUUAGUCUUACUAUAUACACCGUAAGUGUCAAGUGCUGACACCAAGAAAGUCAGGUGAAGGAACAGAGACACUUUGUGCCAUUGAUCUAAUUCAGGUGUACGAGACACAUGCUGAACACAUUCAAUGAACCUGCAUUGAUUUGUAAAAUGGGGUGAAAUUAGGAUGAGUGUCUGUUUAUUUCCACAAAUUUUCUUGAAAACAAUAUGGAAAAAGUGUUCAUAUAGCUGAUGGUGAUGGGUCAUGCAUUUACCAGUGUAAGUAGUUUCUUUUCAAUUCCGCAGGUGUGAACAUUUUUUUUCCUUCUUUUUGGCUCGAGAGUUUAGAUGCAUCACAUAGCACAAGCAUGUUGAAAUGAGACAUUGAUUUCAAAACAGCUAAAAUUUCUUUUAUAUUUCGUGAAGACACAAGAUAUUAUAGAUAGAAAAGCUACUGUAUUGUAAUUUGUUGUUGUACUUUGAGAUUAAGCAAUUAUUUUCCUGCUUAUGCAGUUGAUAUUUUGCCUCGAAGAAUAAUAAAAGUGAUGACUUGAAUGCAAGCUGCCUAUACAGAGUGUCCCACAAAAAAUGUUCAUGGCACUCUAGAUGAGUAUUAUAUUAAAAUUACAACAUCAUAUUUAUACCUUUACACCUGUUAACUACAAUUAAUUUCCUACAAAUGGAUGAAAUUUUAUGUGAUAUCGUCCGAUAAUCAGAAAGAUAUGACCAUGUGUUCAUUACAUAUCAGGACCCCCCCCCCCAUCUAAGUUUUGUAUUAAGUAAUAUCUAAAGUCAGGUUCAGCAAACAAGAUUUGUUUUUUAUGGGGCUUUCACAAUUGCUUGUGCGAUCGUUUGCGAUCACUUGGUCACAAUACAUGUUGCACAGAAUCGCAACGGUUGUAACCAGUCGCACCACCAAUUGUGAAUGGGGCUUUAUUCAAGUAGUGCAAAUUAUAUCUAUUCACGUUCAGCCAUGGGAGUAAAUCUGUAUGGAUUUUUUUUUGUUCAGGACUUGGGGAUGACCUAUUCAUGCAUCCCUUCUGAUGAAUAGAUGAGAUCAAGAUAAAAUCAUAAAUCAAAAACAAAUGUUUUAAUUCAUUUCCUUGUUGGUAUCAUUUAGUAGGCCUAUUAUCAAUCAAAAAUCAAUUUUCAUGUUUGAUUAAAGAUAUCAUGCUUAAUUAGAUAUAUCCUGCCGAUUGCCUAAAAUGAUUUUUUUUUAUGUAAGUAUCGGCACGCAAGUUGUAGGGCCAAAAACCUAAAAAAGGGAAUAAGAAAAAAGAGUGAAUGAAGUCAUGAUUGGACUAUGUACUUUAUUCAACAUAAUAACAAAACUUAGAAAGGCUCAUAUCUCUGUGUUGAAUGAACCAUACUGCAUGAAAUUAAAGCCAGUUGUAUAACACAAAUGCUAGUUUGCGAUUAUGAAAUAAUAUGCAAUAUGAUUUGGUAAUUCUCACAUUACACCCAUUUAAAGUGUCAUUAACAUUUUUUUUAGGGGGGAGGACAUGCUGCAUAUUGAAAUCACGUGGUAAGAAAUUAUUGAAUAUUCUGAAUUGCAUUCAAAUCAAUAAUCUGGUUUCAAAGGAAAUUAAUAAAUCUCAUGUACAACAACAAUAUUCUGAUUGGUUAUAGUGGUACAUGUAUAUUCAAGAAUGUAUGCAAAGUGCAAUGAGUUCAAUUAGCCAAUGCCAUUUGAGAUUAAUUGUAAGUUUUUGUGUAAGGUGAUCUAGGUGAAAUUUUACAGUAAUUAAUAUUGGUGCAUUCAGACUUGAAUUUUUUUAGAGAGAAAUUAAGCUGAUAAGAGGUUCUAUGUGAUGCAUGGUAUUCUCUCCUAUUUCGCUUUUGUUUUGGGAGUCGCCAUGGAAACUUGUGGUUUAAAAACAGUAUACAUCUCAUGUGUUAUUCAGUUUGUUUAUGCAUUAUAUCAUAAAUCAUUACAAUGAUCUAAAGAGAUAGCUAACUCUACUUUAUCUUGAAUAAGAGUUUUGUCAAUUCCUGACUUAUUUUCAUCACGAUGUUAUCAUUUUUGUAUUCCUACUGUAUUGGUCAUUCUAUCUGAUGUUUAUUCAUGAGGAGGGGCUAGGCCCCUCUCCCGGAGUCAUCUCCUGACCAAUCAGGAUUCACCGUGCAAAUAAUAUGUGUCAAUAAAUAUUCAUGAGAUAUUACAUAGAUGAAUUAUUUAUAAUCUGUAUUAUAGACAAAAGAUUUGAGAUUGGUUGUACAUUGUAAUUAUAAUGAAGAUAAAGAUAUUUAUUUAUUCAAAAGUUUUAUGAAGAAGAAUGCAAUACUUCUUCGAGAAUGUUGAUGUGAAAUG